AGAGUCUGUUCCCAUUCUGAUGUGUAAUCUGGAAAAAAUAAUGCCACCAUCGUUUUUCGAUACAAUGGAACAUCUCAUUAUACAUCUUCCGUAUGAGGCUUUGACUGCUGGGCCCGUCUUCUAUCGGUGGAUGUACAGAUUUGAAAGGUUAGUCACAAUUUCAUUUAAAAAAAUAUUAUUUAUUUCACAAUAACUAUUAACAUGUGUAUUAUUGCAUUAUUGCAGAUUUCUAGGAGAGCUGAAAAAGAAAGUGACCAACAAGGCACACGUUGAGGCUUCAAUUUGUCAAGCGUAUCUUCAACAAGAAAUCUCAACGUUCUCGUCUUUUUACUUCGAGCGUGAAGUCAUCACCAGAAGGAAGAGACCUGCCCGGAACGAUGAUAUUGGCGAGGAUUUAUAUGAAAAUGUAGUUUCCAUCUUCAAUUACCCAGGCAGAGGUAAAGGUGCUGCGACACAACGAUACAUCCUGGGUGGGGAAUUGCAAAUUGCGCAUACUUAUAUCCUCAUGAAUUGUCCAGAAAUCUCACCGUUUUAUCAUGAAUUCCGAGCUUCUUUAUCAGCCUUUCCUGAGAAUGAAAUAGAUGCGUUGGUGGACUCUGAUUUUGUAAAUUGGUACAAGUAUCAGGUAUAUAUACACACACAUUAAUUAUAUAUAUUACCUAAUGUUUACCUAAUGUUAUUAUUAUGUUUAUAUUUACAGAUCAAUAGUCGUGGGAUUGUCGACCCUUUGUUAGUAUCAUUAGCGUGGGGCCCAGGUGCCAGUGCCAAAGUGUGGCGGCAAUAUGUGAUAAACGGUUACACAUAUCACACAGCCGAUUACGGAGAGGGCCGACCAACAACGAACAGCGGGUUAUGUGUCCCGACCAUCGGUUAUGAUAACUCGGAAACCAGUUUUUUUGGUGUCCUGCAGGAGAUUCUGGAACUUGAGAUGCCUUCUUGUGCGAAAAAAUUGACAUGCGUUCUGUUCCGUUGCACAUGGGUCGACCCCACACGUGGCGUGCGCAAAAAUCCGAAGUAUAAUAUGAUUGACGUCAACCUCUCUCGUGUGUACCCAAAAAAUGAGCCUUUCAUACUCGCCCAACAAGCAGCGCAGAUUUAUUAUGCAGAAUAUCCUUCAACAAGGCGGACACAGAAUCCUUGGGUGUGUGCAUGUCCUGUCCGUCCGAACAAAAUAAAAUCACAAACUCAACACAAGGACGUUGAUCUAGAUGCUUUUCAGCAACAAUUUUUCCAACCUCCGCCUAUUGUUGAGACGGUCAACUAUAACCUCCAAUUAAGUGAUCCAAAUGGCGGACGUGUUGAAGUCAUGCCAGAAACGCACCUUCCGGACCCAACCAUUCCAUCUGAGCGCGAAAUUGAGGAAAUGUAUGUAGCACAACAAAAUGCUCAAUAUCAGGAAGAAGGUGAAUGGAUAGACGGUUCAGAUACAGAAGAAGAUACUGUAUAUGUAGAAAAUGACGAUUCUGAUAGCGAAUAAUUGUGCUGUUGUAAUUUCAAUUUUAUUGACUUCUAAUAUUUGUGCAGA